AGUAUAACAGAUUAUUUUCCAGGAAGGCCAUUUUGAUUAUAUUCGUGCCAUCAGAUUAACAUUCAAUGUGCGCGAUGAAAAAGUUGGUAAUAUUAGUCACCUGUGGCGCAAAAAAGUUGCUGAUUAUCUAUCCAAUACUGAAAGCCCGGCUUCAGACGUUUUGGAAUUCGGAAUGUUUCACAACGAAAGUUUGCCGGAAGGUUUACAGCAGGUAGCGGAUGCUCUGACACCAAAAUUUGCGCUCACCUGUGUUAUUUUAUUCACGUUGUGCGGGCUGAGUGCCGUUGUAUUAUACGAGCACAAUGGUUUUGUUAGUAUCGACUGGGUGCGCAGUAAACCAGCAACUGCCCUGGCCGGUAAGCAUGCUAAAUCAUCCCACUGA